AAAAUUAAUAAUUUAAUUAACUUGAUUUGGUGAAGAAUGCAUCAGCAUUAUUUAUCACAUUAAAAUUAAAUAAAUGCAAUUCGACGAAGACGACUCUGGCAAGAGAUAAAUUGCCGAAAUCCACUCCAGCUCUGUAACAAUCCACACUCGCAAUUCAUUUCACAUGGCGAUUUCUCUGCAGUUCUGUCGCAUCUCGACGCGCACUGAAAUCCUGUUGCCGGAGGCCAGGUUGUCCCGGCCGCGGAGGCCUUCCUCCCUCCGGUGCUCCGCCGCCGGAGAUGGCGGCGCCUCCUCCUCCGCCGUUGCCACUGAAUCCGCCGAUUUUGACUCAAAGGUUUUCCGUCACAACCUGACGAGGAGUAAGAAUUACAAUCGGAAGGGGUUUGGGCAUAAAGAGGAGACUCUCGAGCAAAUGAGUCAAGAGUUUACGAGUGAUAUUAUAAAGAAAUUGAAGGAGAACGGUUAUCAAUACACAUGGGGGAAUGUUACGGUGAAGCUUGCUGAAUCUUAUGGAUUUUGCUGGGGGGUCGAGCGUGCGGUUCAGAUCGCUUAUGAAGCUAGAAAACAGUUUCCGACUGAGAAUAUCUGGCUGACUAAUGAAGUUAUCCAUAACCCCACGGUUAAUGAGAGGCUUGAAGAGAUGAAUGUGAAGAUUAUUCCUCUUAACAAUGGGAAGAAAGAAUUUGAUGUUGUUGACAAGGGUGAUGUGGUGGUAUUGCCUGCUUUUGGAGCUGCUGUUGAUGAGAUGAGGAUUUUGAGCGACAAGAAUGUUCAAAUAGUUGAUACAACUUGCCCAUGGGUGUCUAAGGUUUGGAAUACUGUUGAGAAGCACAAGAAAGGAGAGUAUACUUCUAUUAUCCAUGGUAAAUAUUCCCAUGAAGAGACUGUGGCCACUGCUUCUUUUGCGGGGAAAUUUGUCAUUGUAAAGAACAUGACAGAGGCAACAUAUGUAUGUGAUUACAUCUUGGGUGGUGGACUUGAUGGAUCCAGCUCUACUAAAGAAGCAUUUCUCGAGAAAUUUAAAUUUGCUAUAUCCAAGGGAUUUGACCCGGACAAGGAUUUUGAGAAAGUUGGUAUUGCGAAUCAAACUACUAUGUUAAAAGGAGAAACAGAGGAUAUUGGAAAAUUAGUCGAGAGGACCAUGAUGCGCAAGUAUGGGGUUGAAAAUGCUACUGACCACUUCAUAAGCUUCAACACUAUUUGUGAUGCAACUCAAGAACGACAAGAUGCAAUGUAUAAAUUGGUCGACGAUCCAGUGGAUCUCAUCCUAGUCAUUGGCGGAUGGAACUCAAGCAACACUUCUCACCUACAAGAAAUCUCAGAAUUGCGUGGAAUUCCAUCAUAUUGGGUUGACAAUGAGAAGAGGAUAGGUCCUGGAAACAAAAUUAGUCACAAGUUGAUGCAUGGCGAGUUGGUGGAGAAAGAGAACUGGAUGCCAGAGGGGCCUGUCACAAUUGGCGUUACAUCCGGUGCAUCCACUCCUGACAAGGUGAGUUUGCUUGGUUCUUGUUUCCCAUAUCAUUUCCCAGCUUUGUCAAGCCACUUACUCGUUUGCAACUCGGGGAUAACCAUCUGGAUAUGGAAUUCCCGAGCAUCUGCAUCGCCUAUGAUUUUCAAACGUUAUGACAAUGCCACUUCAAGGAUGCUAUCUUGCUGCUAAAUAUGCCUUCUUUUCUUUUCUCUGGAUUAUCUUUUCCAGGUUGUCCAAGAUGUUCUUGAAAAGGUUUUCGAGAUGAAGCAAGCAGAAGUAUUGCAAUCGGCUUAAACUCUGCUACAUGGUUCAACAUUGCAUUGAUUAGUUCAAAUCCAUCCGUUGAUUAAGCCAUCUUGUUUCCUUGCUCUGUGUAAACUAUAUGUAGCUGUAUGUAUGAGUAUCGCGUAAACUAAUACAACCUAUUACUCUUUGAUAAUAAGGAAAAUUUAGUUUUGGAGUUC